AGAGAGAGAGAGAGAGAGAAAGAGAGAGAGAGAGAGAAAGAAGGAAAAGAUAAGCACAAAAACAGAAAAACGUAAUGUAACCGUGGCAAAAUAAAUCGGAGACAUGACGCAAUCACUUUCCUCUCCAACUCAGUGAUUUGUUUUUCCAGAGCUGGCUUAAUACAAUCCGAUUUGUCUUCUAUUACCACAUCAAACACCGCACCCAAAACAAAGUCAAAACGUUUCUCUAUCUACUCUCUUUUCCACUUUCAUUCUCAGAAAACCACCAAACCUUUCAAUGGCGGAUCAGAAUCAGAAGCCCGAAAUCUUCGAGCUCAACAAUGGAACCAUGAGUGUUUCUAUCACCAACUUCGGCUGCACCAUCACCUCCUUGUCUCUUCCCGGCAAAGAUGGAAAAUUGGCCGAUGUUGUUCUUGGAUUCGACUCCCUCGAGCCUUAUCUGAAAGGUGCUGCUCCUUAUUUUGGCUGCAUUGUUGGUCGGGUCGCUAAUAGAAUCAAGAAUGGAAAAUUCACUCUCAAUGGGGUCGAAUAUUCUUUGCCUAUCAACAAACCUCCAAAUAGUCUCCAUGGUGGGCACAAGGGGUAUGAUAAGCAGAUAUGGCAGGUUACUGACUACAAAAAAGAUGGGAACCCAUCCAUCACUUUCAAGUAUCAUAGUCGUGAUGGGGAGGAAGGUUACCCAGGGGAUGUCUCCUUGACUGCAACUUACACACUUACAUCAAGCACAACAAUGAGACUCGACAUGGAAGCGGUGUCUGAAAACAAGCCGACUCCAAUCAAUUUAGCUCAGCAUACCUACUGGAACUUAGCUGGUCACAACUCAGGGAAUGUACUCGACCAUUUUAUUCAGAUAUGGGCAAACCAUAUUACACCUGUAGAUGAAAACACCAUCCCAACAGGUGAAAUCUUGCCAGUUAAAGGCACUCCCUUUGAUUUCACCACUGAGAAGAAGAUUGGCAAGGAUAUCAAGGAAGUUGGCUUGGGUUAUGACCACAACUAUGUGCUCGACUGUGGGGAUGAGAAAUCGGGUUUGAAACAUGCUGCGAAAGUGAGGGACCCCUUGAGCUCUAGGGUGCUUAACUUGUGGACCAAUGCCCCUGGAAUGCAGUUUUACACUGCAAACUAUGUCAGUGGAAUCAAUGGUAAAGGAGGCGCUGUUUAUGACAAGCAUGCAGGUCUCUGUUUGGAGACGCAAGGAUUCCCAAACGCUAUAAACCAGCCAAACUUCCCUUCUGUUGUUGUUCAACCUGGUGAGAAGUACAAACACAGCAUGUUGUUCGAGUUUUCAAUUGAGUGAAGUGUUGAGUCUUUUCAAGUGGUUGCCUUUGGAAAAGCAGAUAACAAAUAAAGAGUACUGUAUGGGGUAUCUCUAUAUAUUUCAGAAGCAAUUUUUAUGUUCUCAUUAUUUAAAGAAGCUUUCUUUCUUCUUCUU